AUGGCGGCAACUAACAAGGUAUUUGUUGCCAUUAUCGGCGCUGGAGGGGUUGGAAAGUGCUUCCUUUCCCAAUUUGAAGCUCUCGCCAAAAGACGACCGACCCCCAAGUUGAACCUCUGCUAUAUUUCGACCAGCAAGAAGGCACUUUUCAAUGGCGACUACUCCGUAGCCACCGAGAACGUUCUUCAGGAACUCGCCGCUUCGACUAAGUCGCCCUUGGACUUGCCCCAGGUGGCCGAUUACCUAGCUGCGGCACCGUCGAAGGUUAUUCUUGUGGACAACACUAGUUCUCAAGAUGUAGCUGAUAGCUAUCCUCUCUUUUUAAGCCGUGGCAUCAGCAUCGUUACACCAAACAAGAAGGCCUUCUCGGGUUCUUACAAGCUAUGGCAAGAUAUCUUCACGGCAGCUGCUACGUCCGGAGCUAAAGUGUACCACGAAUCCUCUGUCGGAGCUGGUCUCCCUGUUAUCUCGACGCUCAAGGACCUUGUGGAGACUGGCGAUGAGGUGACUAAGAUUGAAGGUGUAUUCAGCGGCACAAUGUCCUUCCUCUUCAACUCUUUUGCUCCGGUCGAGGGUUCUGGUGGCCAAUGGUCUGCCGAAGUCAAGAAGGCCAAGGAAUUGGGCUACACAGAGCCAGACCCUCGGGACGAUCUAAACGGACUUGACGUGGCUAGGAAGCUGACAAUUCUCGCGCGAUUAGCCGGCCUCCCUGUCGAAUCGCCCACCUCAUUUCCCGUGCAGAGUUUGAUCCCGAAGGAAUUAGAAUCUGUCGCCAGUGGUGACGAGUUCUUGCAGAGACUGCCCGAAUUCGACUCUCAGAUGGAGGAGACCAAAUCCGCAGCGGAAAAACAAGGCAAAGUGGUUAGGUUCGUGGGAAGUAUCGACGUAGGUGCCAAGGCCGUCAAGGUCGGACUUGAGACCUUCGACAAAUCGCACCCAAUUGCGGCCCUCAAGGGAAGCGACAACAUUAUUAGCUUCUACACCAAGAGAUACGGCGCAAACCCUCUAAUCAUACAAGGCGCAGGCGCCGGAGGAGAGGUAACGGCAAUGGGGGUCACCAGUGAUCUGAUCAAAGUACUGUCCCAAAUAUCGUAG